UAGUAAUUUUUUUAAAAGGUGGCAACCGUGAUUGUGGAUUCGCUCAUCUGCUCCAAAAGAAAAACAUUGCUAGAUGAAUAGAAACUUACUAUAAUUCAGCGUAAUUUAUUAUAAACAAAAUGUUGCGCACGCUCAUAAUUGAUUUAAACAAAUUGCGGCUGAGUCCAGUGGCGGUUACACAAGUGCGUGAAAAAGGACAUUUAACAAGACCUCGCCUGAGGAACCCUUACUGGUUUGUACGGAAAGAAAGAUUGGCUCGCGACACAACAAUAAGCGGUGAAAACAAGUCUUUUCUGAAAGAAGUUAUAAAAGAUAAAUAUGGUCCCCCAGCGCUCAUAAAAGGUGUAUCUUCCUACGAUCAAUCGACUUUGAUUAAAACAGAACAAUUUGAGCGACAACCAUGGCACGAGAAAGCACGACGCAGUGGCCUUAUAGCGCGAAAAAUUGGUCAAUAUCCACUUUGGUUAAAAAGUGGCGAGCGUAUCCGUACUACCUUGCUGCAGGUCGUGGACAACCAUGUCAUACGUUAUAUACCUCCUCACGAAUAUCAGCCAGCGCAAAGACCCAAGGUGGCCAAUCUUAAUAAAUAUGGCUGUUUACUGGUGGGUGCCGAAUCAGUCGAUCCCUCAACCCUAACCAAAGAGUAUUGUGGACUUUUUCGUGACUCGGGUGUGAUGCCAAAGCGUAAUCUGGCGCGAUUUAUAAUUUCUCCAGAGGCAAAAAUACCAGCGGGCACGCCGCUGAAUGUAGCGCAUUUCAGGGUCGGUGAUUUUGUAGAUGUACGAGGCAAAACCGUGGACCACGGCUUUCAAGGCGUAGUAAAGCGUCACGGUUUUAAGGGCAUGCCCGCCUCGCACGGUGUUACGAAAACACAUCGACGUCCUGGUAAUAUUGGUGGUGGUGGAGAGAAGGGCCGCGUUUGGCCGGGUACCAAAAUGCCUGGACAUAUGGGCAACCGCUGGCGUAUUGCGAAAGGUAUGCGUAUAUGGCGCCUCAACACCAAAUAUAAUGUGAUGUGGGUGCAAGGCAGCGCCAUACCUGGCCCAACCAAUGGCCUUGUAUACAUUUAUGAUACUAUAUUGCCACUGCGAAAACAAAAAACCUCACCACCUUUCCCCACAACAUUCGAAGACGAGCUUGCAGCGUUAACCGGCUCAUCGGAUGAUAUAUGGUAUGAUGAUGUGCACAAUUUUAAAGAUGACACUAUUACCUUCCAGCCAGAAACUAGUUAAGUGAGCAAAAAUGUUUCAACUAAAAAUGUAUUUUAACACUAAAGUUAAAUUCUUCAUAUAAAAUAUAUAUAAACCUUAUAAGA